GUGACGCAUCCUGCCGGGCGCAGGCGCAGUGCCAUCGGCUGCCAGCGCUGGGCAGGCAGGGAGGCAGGGAGCGGCGCUCGCGCGCCUCAGGCCCUAGAGGAGACAGCGCGGGGCUGGGCCGGGGCCGCAGGAACCAUGACGACCUCAGGAAAAGAGAAUUUCCGACUGAAGAGCUACAAGAACAAAUCCCUGAAUCCUGAUGAAAUGCGUCGCAGGCGAGAGGAAGAGGGUCUUCAGCUGCGUAAGCAAAAGAGAGAGGAGCAGUUAUUUAAACGCCGAAAUGUCGCAACAGCUGAAGAGGAAGCGGAGGAGGAAGUAAUGUCUGAUGGUGGCUUCCAUGAGGCUCAAAUGAACAACAUGGAAAUGACUUCUAGUGCUGUUAUCACCUCUGAUAUGAUAGAGAUGAUUUUCUCCAAUAGUCCAGAACAGCAGCUGUCAGCUACUCAGAAAUUCCGAAAGCUUCUUUCUAAAGAACCAAAUCCUCCAAUAGAUGAAGUCAUAAGCACACCAGGCGUGGUGGCAAGAUUUGUGGAGUUCCUCAAACGGAAAGAAAACUGCACAUUACAGUUUGAAGCCGCCUGGGUGCUGACAAAUAUUGCCUCGGGGAAUUCCCUUCAGACUCGAAUAGUGAUCCAAGCAGGAGCUGUUCCCAUCUUCAUAGAGCUGCUUAGUUCAGAGUUUGAAGAUGUACAGGAACAGGCAGUAUGGGCUCUUGGCAACAUUGCUGGAGACAGCACAAUGUGCAGAGACUAUGUACUGGACUGUAAUAUUUUGCCUCCCUUACUGCAAUUACUUUCAAAACAGAAUCGUAUCACUAUGACCCGAAAUGCUGUAUGGGCUCUAUCCAAUCUCUGCAGAGGGAAAAAUCCUCCUCCAGAUUUUGCCAAGGUUUCACCUUGUCUUAGUGUGCUCUCCUGGCUGCUCUUUGUCAAUGAUACAGAUGUAUUAGCUGAUGCCUGCUGGGCUUUGUCCUAUUUGUCUGAUGGCCCCAAUGAUAAAAUCCAGGCUGUGAUUGAUGCAGGAGUCUGCAGAAGACUUGUGGAAUUGCUGAUGCAUAAUGACUAUAAAGUAGUAUCUCCUGCCUUACGAGCUGUUGGGAACAUUGUCACAGGAGAUGAUAUCCAGACCCAGGUAAUUCUAAAUUGUUCUGCCCUGCAGAGUUUACUGCAUUUGCUAAGCAGCCCUAAAGAAUCUAUCAAAAAGGAAGCCUGCUGGACAAUAUCUAAUAUAACAGCUGGAAACAGAGCCCAGAUCCAGACAGUCAUUGAUGCUCAUAUCUUUCCAGCUCUUAUAAAUAUUUUGCAAACGGCUGAGUUUCGAACAAGGAAGGAAGCAGCUUGGGCAAUCACAAAUGCAACAUCUGGGGGCUCUGCUGAACAGAUCAAAUAUUUAGUAGAAUUGGGAUGCAUCAAACCACUCUGUGACCUCCUUACCGUAAUGGACUCAAAGAUUGUGCAGGUGGCACUGAGUGGGCUGGAGAACAUCUUGAGGCUUGGAGAGCAGGAAUCCAAGCGCAGCGGCGCCGGCAUUAAUCCUUACUGCGCUCUUAUUGAGGAAGCAUACGGCCUCGACAAAAUUGAGUUCCUCCAGAGCCAUGAGAAUCAAGAGAUUUAUCAGAAGGCAUUUGAUCUGAUUGAGCACUACUUUGGAACAGAGGAUGAAGACAGUAGCAUUGCCCCACAGGUGGAUCUCAGCCAGCAACAGUACAUCUUCCAGCAGUGUGAGGCUCCCAUGGAAGGCUUCCAGCUCUGAGGUGCCUCUGUGCCGUGUGCUCCUCUACCUAGCCAAUCCUGUUGUCGAGCCACAAGCCACCUGUGGAGUGAUUCUCUCAGUGUUUUCCAUAACCCUGUUUGCGCUCAUUUGCUUGCCUUGUGCACAUUCUCUUACAUACGUCUGGAAAACUUUCGGCUCUCUGUGGCAGGAUGCCCCCUUCUUGGCAAGGGGUUGCCCGAAUCACACUUCUUCUCUAGAUUCUGAACCUCUCCACUGUCAUCUUCAUGAGGUUGAGGCACAUUUCUAUACUUUGAGAUAUUCCCUGCUCCUAUUACAGGAAAAGAAUCCCACCUCCACUAGCCCCCCGCACUCCUGGCAUCCAAAGUAAGGCUGCCUUUCUCAUGUAUUUACUGCAGUGUGUGCCUGCAGUUCCAGGGAGACUUUCAGACUUUCUGAGAACGUGGCUGAAUUCAUUUCCCAUACUUUUCUCUGGAUGCCUCCUCGGAUUGCUGUGUGAGUUGCGUUAAAUCUUCGUAUGGAAUGUAUCUCCUUCGCUGUAUGUGCCAGCUGGAGCUAUUGGAAUAUAGAUCGUUACAAAUAAUGGAAUAAGUCUUCUAUCCCCUGCAACAACAAGCUCCAAUGGAUGUGUUUUCUGGUUUUUACGAAUACUGAACACACGUGGCCCUACCCCUUCUCAACACUGAGCUCUCAAUGUGGACUGCAGACCACUGUGGAAAUCUGCGUACCUUCUCAGUCUUUCCAUCCACAAAAAGGAACCUGUGAAUAGGUCACUCCUACCACCUCCCCAGAAAUGACUUUUUGAAAUAGCUUUUAGAAUGGAGAAACUACUCUCAUUUUGCUUGCCAGCACAGUAUAAUCCGGCCAGGCCUACCUUAAAAUCCAGCCCUUCCUGACUUUGUGCUACAAAGUCUGGUCCUUGGUUGUAAAGUUAUGGCUGAAAAAUUUCUAUUGCCUCUUAACAUUUUUACACAGCUUGACUUGAACUGAGUUGUGAAAAAUUACCUUCUGAACACAAAAUCUUAAUUUGUAAAACUUAGCACAGGGAGUGUUAGAUCUCCUUUUCAUUUUCACAAGACAAGAGCUUCCUUUCCAACUUGCCUAAAAGAGUCCUACUGGUCAAGCCUCAUAUUUAAGAACUAAAAUGGCUCUAUGCUCAAAGGAUAGUCAAUAUUACAUCCAGAUCCACCUGGCCCUUUCAUUUCAUUAUUUCUUCUGCUGUUUAUGGGACUUCAGGUGAACUGGCAUGGAAUGCUUGAUUCCUACAGGUGACAUCUGUAAGGCAUUGCUGACUGCAUGACAGCUGUCAUCCACAGCUGUAGACUGCCCUUCUGCUAGCAGCAUGUUCUUGGCUCCGCAAGAUGCUUGGAUCACAGACAUCUGAUGCAAAGGCCGGCCACUCCUCACUGAGUUCAGCUGACAUUGUCACCAAGCUCUUCAAAAAGGGGGACAUGCCAUGUGAUUGUAAGUGGCAGUUCCAUUUCUGUAAAGGCAAUGGAUUCUCCAGGCUAUCUGCCUCCCUCAACCCCAGCAAUGGGCUGUGUUCUUUCAAGCCAUUUGGAACAUUUGCAACACACAUUUGUCCAGUGUAAACAUUUCAAAAAUGCCUCUGAUAUCUGCAGUGUCAUGUACCUGUGGUAAAUGUUAGUGGCAGAACUGUCUGCAAGAUCCUCCUUAUGACUCCUCUCAGUGACAAGCCACUGCAAAAGCAAAAAACAGUCCACUGUAUACAGAAUAAUACCAAUAUAUAAAAUGCUUGUCAAAGUGCUGAAAGAAGCUAGGCAAAGGCCUGAACACAUCAACUCUGUGUCAUCAUUAUUUAAAUACAAUCUUUGGUUCUGUCUGUGCUUCAGGAUGGAGACUGACCUGUGUGGCUGCUGCAGAAGCCACCUGCUGCCUCCCUAGCUAAGCCAGUUGGCCUCCCCCUUCCCUCUCCCAGUUAUUUUCUAGUGCUGCUUUGUGCUGAAGGAACAUUUAGUUUACUGCACUUGAUCUGUAAAUGAACUUUGAUUCUUUGUAAUCUUAGGGGGUUAAAUUUGGUGGUUAAUUUAAAAACAAAAACCCUCAAUGUUGCCUUUACAUCACAUAUAAAUAACUGUGUUUCUCUUUUCUUGAAGGGUGAUAGAAGCACUGAUUAGUAGCAAAAUCUUGUUUUAGCUUUUGGAUUUUUUUGUGCUGGAUUUUUUUACGUGUAAAUUUCCAAUAACAUGUCAUUUCUAUAAGAUUUGUUUAAAAUCAUUUACCUCUUAUUGGAUGGUAUAAAAAUGCUACAUAUUUUGUAAACAAAUCUGAGCGAAGUGUGUGUGCAUAUAUUCUGUAUAUUCAUAUAUGUAUAUUCUGUGUAUAUAUACACUUGUGUGUAUAUAUACAUAUGUACACACACACGUGUAUAUAUAUAUACACACAUGCGUAAGUGUGUAUAUAUAUACAUAUCUAUAUAUCUAUAUAUAUAAGUGUUUUCUCUUCCAGGCUAGUGAAAACAAUGUGGUGCAUUGGCAUUUCCCUCCCCUGCCCCCAAGAGAAAAAUGACAAUUGCCUCUAAAUGAGCAAAGUAAAAAAUUGAGUCCAUUUAAGCUGAAUGGUGUGCCUUCCUGUGUAAGGAGCCUAGCCAGUGUUGUUACUUUUGCAGUGGAUAUGUGAAUUCAGAGCAGAUAAGUAUAAAUCUUUAAACUUGAUAUGUUUGUUUGAAGUGACAGGCUUGGUUGACACAGGUAAUAUUGUUGUUGUAUAUACUUACACUGUGUAAAGCAUUUGACUGGUACUGCAUUAUAUUUUGACUGAGAACUAAAACAAUACAGAAGUCAAUGUGGCACACAUUAAAUGGAUUAAAAUGUGGCUAAACUCAUAGGUCUCAAUUUGAUUUUAAAUGGUGCUCAAUUGAAUGUAUUUUCAUCAGGAUCUUCCAGCAACCAGUUCUUGUCUUUGCUUUAUUUAGUCUUACUAAUGACUUGAAAAGAAACAAAAUUUCUAACGAAGGCUGCAAAUUACGUGAGUGUGGAAGGGAGUACAGACUUGUGCAUUAUGAAAGGAAGAGCUUACUGAUACAGACUGAUCAGAAUUACUUGGUAAACCAAGAGCAGUCCAACUGUUUGUAUUUUGAUAGAGCCAAAUGCGUGGUGUAACAUACCCAUCUAAUAAAUAACAUUCGGGCCCCAUGUAAA